UCUUGUCAGACCUGACGUCACGGUGCCUGCAGCUCCUCGGUGCUGGCUUUGUGCGAAGCGACGCGGAGAUGUUUGGGCGGACGAGUGAGCCCAGGGAAACUCUAAUAUCCAUCCUCCUGCUUUCACAACGGUACAGCUUCCCCGGUGUCUGUGUAAGAGUCGGGGGGACGUGGACAGUGAGUUAAUAUUUAGCUUCCAUGGCGCAGCAACAAGCCGGAAAUGCUAACAUUUUUUUUAACCGCAAAUCAGGGAAUUUAAGCUAACUGGGCUACGGUUAUCUGUGUAUCUGUGGUUAUUGUGGAGGGGUUGUGAGAGGCAAUGAUCAGUGUGUUACAGCACUGUGUUCAUACAAAUUAAAGUGUUGAAUUUGGGUCACAGUACAGCCUCCUACGGCUGUCCUCCAUGUCCGUCGGUUUUUUCUUUUGUAAUACAAAUGUUGUGAAUCCAUUCAUUCUCUGAGCUCCCAGCUGUCGCCAUGUAGAUGACAAAGAUGCUGCUCUCUGCCUUUCUAAGAAAAUCAACCUGUGCAAAGACCGUUUUAUAAAGUAGUUAGGGACAUAUAAACAAGUGCGUUUUGAGAAGCCAAGAGGCAGGGAGCCAUGCAGAGUCCGACCCAGUCAAACAUGGGGCCAAACCCUGUGACCACAGCAACCACAGAGAAACCACUGGACACCGAGACUGAAGCCCAGCCAGCACAAAGUGAACCGCAUGCACAAGAAGAGGAGAAUAAAUCAGCUGCUACUGCUGAGACUGAAACACCAAUCACACCACAGGAAAAUGGGACACGGACGGAAACACCUGCAAGUAUGGCGGUCACACAAGCGGUGGAGAAUGAGCCUGCUGUUCAGCCACUGACUGAGCCCUCAGAUAAUACCGGAGGGGUGGAGGUGGACUCUGCUUCAAAGCCAAGUGCCCCCACAGAACCGGGACCUGAUAUAAAUACAAAUCCUGGGUGUGAUGGGCAAAAGGCAAAGAAACAGGAUAAAGGCGUACGUGAUGGAAGGAAAUAUGUUCCUUCCAAGAAGGCGAUGGUAGAUCCUCUGAAGAUGGACAUGUCCAAACCCCUGGCUAUGCCUCUCACAUCGUCUCAGCUCUCCCUGCAGUGCAUCGAGUGCCACAUAAUCUUCAGUGAUCACAAGAGCAAAGAGCGUCAUCUGAAGUUGAGCCACCCAGCAGAAUAUGAACAGUGCAUACUGAGAAAUGCUCUUUUUGCCUGUUACGUUUGCGACAGCCACUUCACAAACUCCACAGAACUCAUGGCACACCAGAGAGCCCACACAGAGAAGAAACCCUUCAAGUGUCCUAUCUGUAGCCAGGCCUUCAACAAAUCGUCAGAGCUCACCCAUCAUAAAAAAAUUCAUUUUGGCCUGGAUGGUUAUGCCUGCACUGACUGUGGCAAGCCUUGUAAAACCAUGACAUUGCUGAAGUAUCACCACCGCACACACACUGGAGAGAGGCCGUAUGUUUGCAAGGAGUGUGGAAAGAGGUUCACCAUGUCCAAAGCUCUGCAGAAACAUAUGGUGUCACACUUUCCAGAGGGAACUGAAGGAGAUGGGGGAGACACCGCACCCAAAGCACCUAAAGCACAACUGAAGAAAGAUGAUGGUGCUUCUCCACGGUAUCCUUGUUCUGUAUGCAGGGCCACUUUCAAGAGUACCAAGACGCGGCUAUAUCACAUGAAAACUAAGCACAGUGUGUUACCUGUCACAGCCAGUAAUGCCCUCCCAGCUGGGCAGCAAGUGAAACAAAGUACACCCAUCAUAACUCCAAUAUCUAUUUGCCAACCGGCACUACUGCAGGUAGAACCCAAUGGCCCUUUGCAAAAGGUUGAUGCCAAUAUUGACACAGAGCAGAUUCGCAGACUUAUUGAAUCUUUGGGAAAUGUGCAGAAAGUGAACCAAGUUGUCAUACUGGGGCAGGUGCCACCUCAUGCCCCACCACUGGAGGUGCAACAGAUGCCACAAAUGGCAGAACCAAUGAAUUUGAAUCUCAGUCCACCACAAAUAGAUUUUAUGGGACUGAAACAGACAGAAUCUAAGACAGUUGAAUUGGACCCUUCAAACAAUCCAUGUGAUCCUAUGGAACAGACAAUUAUACUGGAACCUAUUACGCCAGAUGGACAAUUGGAAAACCCCUCUUUCUCAGAACUAGGUUCCCACAUAGCAACAGGUGAAAAUAUAGAGCUAACACUUGUUCAGACUGAACAAAAGGAAAGACCUGAGGGAGAGGUGAUGCAUCACAUCCUUCAACAGUCAUAUAUUAGUGCAAUUCAGUCUGAUCCUAUGGAUCAAAUAGUUUGUCAGAAUGAGGAAGUUGAGCAAACAGUCAUAUUAGAACUUACCCCCGCUUUGAUACCAACUAUGGAGCUGGAACAAUCCCAAGCUUUGCCACAAAAUGAAAUCCCUUCCUCUUCUCUGGUACCAAUCACUGAACUGGAAAAGACUCCUGAUCAGACUCAAGAUCAGACUGUAAUAGAUGAGCAGCAGAUCAGCCUGUCAGUCCCACCUCUUAUGCAUUCAGUUGAGUUGGAGCUAACACCUCUACAAGGAAAACAACAGAACCUUCCUCCUUUUGUUCCACCAGACACACUUACACAAGCUCCAAGUGAAUCUGAAACUAAUACCAAAGAAGAGGUUGAUUUACAAAUGCAAACAGUAAGUCUAGAUAAGGUUCAGCCUGUGAUGGAUAGUCCCACACCACAAGAGACACAGGCAGAGCAAUUGGAUCAAGAACCAUCUGAUAAAUUGCUGGUAGAUAGCAAGGAGGGUCAGGACCAGGUGGAGAACUUGUCUGAAGUAGAGGACCCAUCUGCUAAAGAAGAGUUUCCAUCACAAUUAGAGACAAAGCAGGGGCCACAGAUCUCAGAGUUACCCGUAAAUGUAAUGUCAGCUCAAGAACUGGUGAAAGUGCGGAAAAGAAAGCCAGCCAGGGCAUUUAUCUUUCAGGGAUAUAUGCAAGAACUGGUCAGAUCUAUACACAAGGAUGAUUUUCAAAUUGAUGCCCAACCUGCCAAACGGCAAAGAACAAAAAAGUCUCGUCUUGUUGUUAAAUUUGGUCCACAAAACAAAGAGAAGAAAAACAAGAGACAGAAGAAGCCAUCAAAGCAGUGUCAGCCAACACAGGAAGAUGUGAUAAGAGGUAAAACACCAACAAAAAAAGUACCAUCACAGAAGGGGAAAAAGGGAAAAAAGGACAGGAAAGUUGGGCAUUUGGUGUCCUCAGCAGAAGUAAAAUCUCUGUCUUCCACUGAGAACCCACAGGUGCAGCAAAUCAAAGAGGAUACAAGAAAAAAUAAAAUGAAAAGGCAAAAAGAAGUGGCUAGGGAGGGUGUUACGCAUAUAAGUGAGCACAAAAAUGUAGCCUCACCUGUAUUUAAAAAGAAAAAACAAGCAAAAAUGAUGCGAAAAGGUCAGCCCAAGAACGCAAGGGAUGGGAACCGAAAGAAAAACCUGGCAAGAGAGGAAAAGGAAAAAACAAGCACAGCUUCAGAAGACAUACCUGGCCCGAACGUAACACAAGACGCUCUACUUCUACUGAAAGGUCACAAACAGCCCCAGCUGAAAGUUUACAAGUUAGACACUUUAAAGGCAUCAGGCCCGACACAGGAGGCUUCACCUCACGAGAUCCAAACAAUGUCCCAACACCGUGAAGACAACAAACUCAAACAUCCAACAAGUGAGUUGACAAAUAAUCUCACAGCAGAAAGUAAGAAAAAAGGAGGAAGACCCAAAAAGAACCAGAAGGCUCUUUCAUUGUUGUCCUCGCUACAGGUUUCCCAUCAACCACCUGAGACAUUGCCCACCAAGCCAAAGACCACCCGAAAACGUAAAACCUCCUCGAAAGUGGAGACUGAAGGAGUGAUAACUUCUUCUCACACCAAGCGUGCCUUACAGUGUAAAGACUGUGGGGAGAGAUUUAGCGAAGUCUCAUCCCUUCAGAAGCACAAGGCAAUGGUGCAUAUCGUAGAGAGUCCCGGUCUCACUUACACCAAUGGGAACAUCUUUGAAGGCGUCUCCAGGUUGGAUCUUUACCAGCUUCCAAAACAGCAUGAUAAGGUUGUUGGGGUAAUUAAUGCUGCUACAGACUGGGAUACUGAGCCUGAGAUAGGAGAGAUGGCAUUAGAAGACCGGGAGCGAAGUGUCUCUUUUCCAGCUUUGAUUCCAUCCCCAUCCUUACCUGUUCCUCCUUCAGAUGUUGAAAUAAGUGCCUUUGAAAAUAAGGGCGGAAGUAAAGCAGGAGCCAACGAUCAAUCUUAUACCUCUCCAGAAAUACAGUCACCAUCUGAUCAAAUGAAAACCAGUGAGACCCCACCAAAUUUCCCAUCUGAAUCCCCUUUAAAUACCACUCGGACAAAGAGUUUAGACACAGGAGAGCCUUUGACAUCAGAUGAGGACAAGCCAGAAGAAGGUAAUCUGAAGAAUCCCACUUCAGAAUCUGAAGUCCUGGGUAACACAGAUGAAGACAUUAAGGAGGAUUUACUCCUUGAGGUAGAUUUAGUCACUGUUGGGGAACAGAAUGAGAGAGAUGAUCCAGCUUCUCAUGAAGACGCUGUCCCCCAAAAUGAAUCAAAUGAAACUUGCAACCCUGAUGGUAGAAACACUGGGCAAGUUGAAACAACUGAAAAAAGUCUAACUUCGCAGACUGUGUCAUGCUCCACUCAUCAAGAGGAGAUCAAAGAAGAAGAGGAAGAAAUAUUAGUCCAGAAGAAAAAAGAAGGAAGGAAAGGAGCUGUUGCAAGGAAUGCUACAGGGGGUAGGAGGAGAGGAGUAGGAUAUCUAAAAAGGGACUUUUUAGGACUAACAAAGAGAAUUUCAAUUGGAGAUACGGUCAGAGCAACAGAAUCAGAGAAAGAACAGGAAGAAUGUCAAGUACUUUACGAAAAGCAUCAAAUCAAUGCUGACUGUGAGACCAGCCCAAAGACUUCAAACCCAGAGACCAUUCAUGAAUUUGAGGCCAACAAAGCUACCACUCCUGCUGCAUCUUUGCCUUCUGUGUCCUCUACAUUAGAGGAAUCUCCUGAAGAGCAAGUUGUAUUUGAGCUGGAGUCGGUUAGGACAAGCGUUGAGGAGGUUAUGAAUGAAAGUGGGCUGCAGGGAGGAGAGGAACACAACCGGGACCAGUCUCCAGGCAUUAUACUUGAGAAGUUCCUCACCUCUAGACAGAGAGAAACUCCUGACAAGGAGCUGUUCCUGAUGACAGCAAGGAACAAUCAAAGACAGGGUUUGGACAGCGUUGCUGAGACUGAAGUGCAGGUCCUUGGGAGGCAGGAGAUCAAGGUUGAAGAGAAUAUCUCAGAUCCACCACUGGUUGCAACCACCUGCCAAAACAGACAGAGUGCUAUUGUGCAGCCACAGCACCACCGUGACAUAAGGACUGUUCUAGUGAAGGAGGAGAGCAGCCUCGUGCUGAAUGAGAUCCAGGCCACGCAGGGCAGCAGACACAUCCGAUGGAAUGUGGAACCAGUCAACAUUGAAAACACCUCCAGUCCAUUAAUGGAGAGUGUGGAAACAACAAGGCACUGUCGUGUCACCCCUGAGUUCAACACCGACCAGUGUAUCUUCUACCCAGUGAAGGAGGAGGAGAGGGAGGUUCUACUGGGAGAUGCUCAGACCAACAAUGGGAAUUUGACCAAAGCGACAUCCAGUGAUGUCUUACAGACAGAGCAUAUAGCAACAGAUUUAAAUGAAGGGAGCCCUUCUGUAACAGACUACCAGGAAAUAAGAGUGAGAGGACUAUUGUCAGAGCCAGGGGUCAGUGACUUUGCAGACGGACAAGCUGUGGCAGAUGCUGAGUGGCAGCAUCCACCAGACCUCCGGGACUUUCUCCUCCAGAGUUCAGAUGAAGAGGAUGUGGGCAGUUUUGAAUUGUCUGAGCCUCAGCUUGACUCAGAAGCAGAAGUAAUGGCCUAUUUCUACAAGAACCAAACAAACAGCGCACAACAGCCAGAUGAAAUAUCACAAAAUUUGCCAACUUCAACGAGCCAGCUCCAAACACCAAGAGAGGAAAGCGGAGGGAAAGAGCCCAUUAAUUACUUCUCCAAGUAUUUUGGUUGGGAUACCUGGGUAGAAAUUGCCAAUUGCACAAAUAAAUUGUCCAGCGUGCACCAACCUGUCACAGCCAGAGAAGUUGCACAGUUUGUCGGGAUACACAUUGCAAUGGGAACUUUAAAGUUUCCCAGUCCGAGGCUCUAUUGGGAGGACUUGACUAAGGUGCCCUUGAUUGCUGAAGCCAUGCCACUUUGCCGUUGCCUUGAGCUGUCCCGCGUGUUGAAGCUUGCUUCCCCUGCGGAGGAUCCAGUCAACAGUAAUGUUCAGGAAGGAGGAAGUGAUAGUGAUUUUGAAAAUGUACAGCAAGGUAAAAAUCUCUCAAGCAGGAAUAGUGACAUUUCUCAGCACAGUGAUGGGCAGAGGCAGGGCUACGCACCAAAUGACCAGAACAGUUCAAAAACACAGACUGAUCCCCUGUGGAAGGCUCAGCCAUUACUGUGCCGUUUCAAAGCAGGGUGCCAGUCACUGAGACGAGAUAGUGAUUAUGCAGUCGACCAAUAUCCACUAUCUUUGACCAGGAAGAUACACAAUAAGAAACUGUCUCUCUACUCUACUACUUUAAUUGGAUUUGGCGGUUUGCUCCUACACGUGGAUCUUAAAUUGGGUCCGUCGGACAAAGAAGAUGCUGUAGAAAAAAUGGUCCCCAAAGGCAGUAUGGUGUUUCUUUGCAAACAGGAACUCUCCACCCCUGCUAUGCUGGAGCGUCUGUUAGCUGCUGGGGUUCAUGGCGCAGGCAGGGUGGGAGGAGCCCGAGGACAGAUCGGAGAUGAGUUUGUAAGCUCAGAUGGGAAGCUGAUGUUACGCAGAUCACACUGUGGCUUCAUACUUUCUACUGCUGGAAACAGCCAGAGGAAUAUGGCUUUACUCAUUGACAACUUUGAGAAGGCCCAGAUGUCGGCUCAUCUCAACAGAGAUCUGCUUAAUCUUUACUCUAUCCCUCUCACUGCCUCUGCCCCAUCCUGCUGGCCUCAAGCGGUGCUCUGGUACCUAACAGAUCUGGCUUUGGUCAACUCCUGGCUCGUAUACAGACAGGACCAAAGGUCUGCACCUUUAACUCUCAUGGCAUUCAGAUUGGAGGUGUCCAAAGCUUUGAUCCUCUCCAGCGGCUCUGACACCCAGGACUCAGUUCCCCCUCAACCACCCCUAGAGAAGGCUCAUGCAACAAAUGAAAAGGCCAAUCCCAGCCUGGUGGAGGAAAGUCCUCUGCCAGACGCAGCCACACGGUACGACGGUCUGGGCCACUGGCCAGAGCAGCUUGGGGAGGGAGAAGGAGGCAGGUGUCGGUUUGGGGACUGUCAGAGAACAUCUCGAGUGCUAUGCCUUAAAUGCUGCGUCUUUCUUUGUAUCUCACGCAACCACAACUGCUUUUUGAAUUUCCAUAAUCAAGAGAGUUUGGGAAAAGAGUAGUGUCCACUACACACUUCCUUCUAUUCUCUCCAAUCCUUCAUUUUUCAACAUUUUGCAAUCUAGUUGAGAAUGUAACUGUGCUUUCGGUGUAUGUAAACCUAGUUAAUCAAAAAAUGGAAGCAUCUCCUCUGUCCUUGUGACUUUUCCAUGAUGCUUUUCACUGGCAGUGUCAUUCCUCUGAGGUACUAUUGUGCUGCGGUUUAAAAAAAACAAAUGCUUUUGAUGUGGCUUAUGUCAUUGAGCAAGUGUAAAAAUGUAUUUGCCUUCAAAAGGAAAUGUAAAAAAUAGUAAUACUCAUAGCCAUACAUUUAGUGCUGCAAAAGAAGUGUAAAAUAUGAUUUUGACAUUGCAGUUACCAUGAUGGUGUUUUUACUAUUUAUUUAACCUGACCUCAUUUACAUUCUAUGACGUGAAUGUUUUUAGAGCGAUGAAUUUUAACACUAUUUAUUUGAAUUUCAGAAAACAAUAAAAGGCAGAUGCAAAGAUA